UCUGUCUUGUUUAGCAUGAAGAUAAGACCACUAUCCUGUUUAGACUGGUGCAGCCCCAAGGAGGGGUUUGGGACCCCACUGAGUCUAUAAGAAAGUGAAGAACUAUUUAACAAUAGAGCCAAAUCAUGGCUUAAACAGAACGAUAUGGAUUUCUUCAGGAAGCCCUUGGCGUUAAUAUUCAUUUAUAUGUUUGACUUGAAAAUGGGAUGCGCCAUCAGCAUCGUCUGUGAGGGGGUGCUAGAGAUGGACGCCGGACCCGUGGUCCCGAUGGGAUCGGACCUGAGAGUGCUCUGCCGGGCCCCGAAACGGCACUGCGGCCGCCCUUUCUCCAUCUACCUAAACGGGAAAGCGCAGGAACCUUUGCGGAUGCUCAACUGCUCCACCGUGUGGCUGAAUCUGACCAACAUCAACACACCAAAGCUUGAGCUGAUAUGCAAAACCAGCCAGCACAAGAGCGAGUGGGUCAUCUGUGGCCAGAACCUGCAGUCCGGGUAUGCCCCAGACAAACCGACCAAAUUCAGAUGUUUCGCUCCAAGGGAUUCAGAGCAGGUGGAGUGCUUUUGGGAGAGAGGAAAGGAGACUCACCUUCCCACCAAUUUCAGCGUCACAUUUGCUGACAAAAACGGGACCAACAUAUUUCUUGACUGGAACUACAAUACAACUUCUCUCAAAGUGCCCUGGUCCGUUUUUGACGCGAACGUUGAGUGCGUGGUGAAUGUGAAAGCUCAGAAUGCUCUUGGAGAAGCUGUUUCUGAUAUGUUCCUGCUGUCCACCAAAGAUGUAGAAAUACCCAACACACCAAAAAUUAUCAGCAUAUUGUUCAAGAAUGAUUCAAUGCUGGCCACACUGACCUGGCAGAGUGCAGAAUCUGAGGUUCUGAAACCCAAAGUGAGGAUUAAAUCACCCAGAAAUGGCUCAGAUUUCGGGCAGGAGCAUGAAUGUUCAGAGCAGGGCAGGGGGGUGCUGCUGCUGCAAGGCCUUCAGCCUCUGACCUGCUAUGAGUUUCAGCUCCAAGUCUGCACUUUAGAAGGGAUUCUUAAAUGCAGCCUGUGGAGUCCACCGGUAUCAACAACGAGCCCAGGGAGAGCACCAAAGCGAAAACUAGACGUGUGGAGAAUAUUUGGAGGUUCUGAAGGAAACGGACUGAGAAAUGUGACGGUUUUAUGGAAGCCCUUAAGUACUGAAGAUUACAGUGGUGCUAUCUUAGGUUACGAGGUCACAUACGAACAUACAUACGGCGGGAUGGAGGUCGUCUCCUGUGCAGCUAAUGUCACGUGCCGCACGCUGCAGCUCCCACGCAGCAUGAAGGUCCUGCACAUCAGCGCCAUCACAUCCUCUGGAAACUCAGCGCCUGCGGGUAUAACCCUCACGCACCCAGGCUUGCCUUCUCCUCGGGUGAUGCGUUUGGAUCCUGUGGGUGAAGACCGCAUGUUCUUGAUGUGGGAGGUCUAUAUUAGCUGGAACAGCUCAUUGGUCUGCUAUGUAGUCCAAUGGCAGAGCAGCUCUGUGGAUGUACAGUGGAAGAGGAUACCUCCAGAAAACAAUUUUACAUACAUCGAAGGUUUAAAGCCAGGGAUCCAGUUCAACGUGUCCCUGUAUGCAGUGGCUUUGCAUGGUUCCUCUGAUCCAGCUACUACCCAGGCGUACUCUAAAGAGGAGGUGCCACUUUCUGGACCUAAGGUGUCGAUCCAAACUUCUGAAGAGACUCGCAUCCUCAUCCGGUGGGAGGCUCUUGAACUGGGCCAACGGCGAGGUUUCAUUACCAGCUACAACUUACACAUGAGGAAAUGUGACACUGGGAAGCGCCUUCAAAAUGUCACCCUGGCAGCCCCAGAAUCUGGACAGAUGUGGCUUGACACUGCGACCACCAGCUUCAGCCUUCACGUCUCAGCUUCCAACUCAGCAGGAGAAGGUCCAGAGGGGGAGGGGGUCAACUGCUGGUUCCCACCCUCCCCAGAAGCUCAGAUUGGAGAUGAUCCAGGUGUUAAGAUCAGCAUUGCAGUAUCAAUUCCUGCAUUGAUUGUACUGGGUUUGAUGUACUGGAAUUGUGCUAGGAUUAAAAAAACAUGCAUAAGUUUGGCACCUCAGUGGCUGUUCGCAACAUUUCCCAGAGUUGAAAACAGCAGUGUGACUAUGUUACUGCAGGAGAGGGAGAGAAGUGAUUCCAGUUUUACCUGGCAAUCAAUAUACAGGGAUCCCCCCCUUACUUCCGUAGAGGAAAUGCCAGCAGUGGAGGACCCCACCCCGGACGAAGGGGCAGUACGGACCAACCCACUUCUGGAAGAGGACUCUGGAUAUAAGCCCCAGAUCUCGCCACUGGCUCCAGAAGAGUUCUUGGACGAGGAGGACAGCCUCAGCCAGGAAGGUGCGGCCUGUGGCCUGGAGGGGUCUGAGUUCUUGAGACGCUGGCCCUGGGACGUUGAUCCAGAUAAAUGCGGGCCGGGACCGGGCACCUGCAUCAGGCCGAUAUACAAGCUGCAGGUUAAUAGGGCCCAGAGGGACCGUGAGGAAGGGUACCAGGACCAAACGCUGCUGCCGGACGACUUGGUCAGCUGUCUGAUUGGGCUGUCCCUAGAGCCAGGGCAGGACCCCAUGUACGUCUCACAGAAGGAUCUGAGGUCACAUAACAGUGCAUCAUCAUCCAGACCCGACAGCGAGAGACCUGGAAAAAGUGGGCAGAUUUUGCACCAGGACUGAAAAUGAUUUAAAUGUGCAAUUUUGUCCAUUGUUUUUUUUAGCAUUACUUAUAUUUCAAACGAGAUACAACAAUAUAUAUACAUGAUAUAUCAGGUAAUCCACAGCUUUGGACUCGAUGAUGGAACAUCAAACAUUGUUUAUGGGUCCGAUUCUCAUCUUUCAUCUACUUUUCUUUGUACUUUUUCUCCUAAUCAGAGGAAUUGGAGAAGAGCUGGUAUGUUUUUGAUUUUGUUAUAACGCUGUGUGGCCACACACCAGGAGGACUGUAGAGUCUGGAGGGCACUGGGAUAAAGGAGGUCAGCUGACAGGAAAGACGAACCAACAGGGAGCGACCAAAGCCACCAAACUCUCUGGCAGGACCUUCCCUAACUUCCUCCAGGAUUAUUUCAUGGGUGAAAAAAACCAACAGGACCACUGAUAUCUGUUUUUACAUACUGUACUGACCAGGGGUCUCAAACACAGAUCACCUGGGGGCCAUCGGCUAGGAUCUCUGUAGCUGUUUUUUGCUGAAAGAAAAAUGAGAAACAAAAAAAUGAUAGAAGCAUAAUCCGCUAAACAGCUGGCGGCAAAAACUGCUGACUGGGGUUGGGGGGCUGGCGGGUGGAAUUUGCUGAACUUAGUGCUGGCAAAUUUUACUAUCGCUAAUUAGCGAAAUGACCGUCAGUAAGUCAGAUAUAAUUGUGUGAAGCACACAUGGUCCACCGGUACUCUGAUCCCCUGCUAAGACCUUCAUUACCUCCAUUAACGUUGUGAUUGCUUGUGAGAUGUAGUACUUCACAAGGGUGAAUUUUAGCACUUUUUAAAGACAAUAGCAAGAAGCACUAAAUUUCUGAAAAGGAAACUAUUAUUUUUCCUGUUUUUCUAACUCAGUGACCUCGGGCAGCAGAAGACUUUUAUUCGGUGGCGGUGAGUUAAUUGUGAAAACUGUCCCCGAAAAAUCUGUGAUAACACUAGAAUCUUAAUGCUGUGCAUUCCUUUGUCUAACAGCCCAUUCAAACUUUCAUCCAUCCACCCAUUUUCUUUGUAAGCCUAUCCCAAAGGCUACGGGUGCAAUGCAGGGAACAACCCAGGAUGGGGGGCCAACCCACUGCAGGGCCAAUUCAAAUCUGAUUUAGUUAAAAAAAAAAAAUGGAACCUUGGAAUAGAGGAUGAAGUCCAUGCAUCAAAAGCCAGAUCCAUUUUCCAUAACCACUUGAGGCUGAAGCUAAUCUGAGGAGCAUGGCACAGAUUGGGGUACAUCCUGAAAGAGACAAUCACCGGGCAAACAUAACAGACAAUACAGAGGCACCAUGUGUCAAAUACCCUGAGUGUUAAACUGAGGGAGAAAAGACAUCCAAACAUGCGAAGAACAUGCACUCUUCCCCCACACAGUGGUGUGACAUCACAGUGCUAUCCCAGAGUUAUCAUCUCGAUCAUCCAAGAACAUGCAUCAUUAUCAGUGGUGUAGUACCUGUUUGUAUCCUGCCUCCCUUCUGUGUGUGGGACGUGGUUCCCCUCCAAGUAGUGAUCCCAGUGGAGAGUGCUCGAGACUAGAUGUGUAAGAGUUCCUACACUGCACAAUAAACUUCAGAUGGUUUUAUUAGGCUUCAUCAUGAUCAGAGGCAUCUUGGGAUCUUGCAGGGACGGCUUCCGUGUAAAUGAAGAUCCUUGGUGACCUUAUAUAUGGGCUUCCUUCAGGCACUCCAGUUUACUCCUGCAGUCCAAAAACAUGUGGUAAUUGCUCAAGGUGCGUGAGUGCAGUGUGUGUUCCCGGCACUGCACUGGCAUCUCCCACAGCGAGUCCCCUGCCUCAUGUCUUUUGCCUCCUUGGGAUAAGCUCCAGAAUUUAUUAAAGUCCUUUUAUGAAUUACUUUGGCAAAUUUUGUGGGCAGCAGCAGUUUUGGUUCACACUCCUGCCUGCCUGAUAAGUAUGGGAACCAUUAAAUAAACAUCCAUCUUCCAGAUGGUUUACUCAGAGUCAUUGCAAGACUGGAACCUUUUCCAGGAAAUAGAGGGUGCGUGCCAGUCUGCACUGUGGACAAGAUGCCAGUCUAUAACAGAACACGCGCCGUAGGCAAUUCAUGCAUUCCAGUUGGAAGUGACCCACACAGACUCCACACGCUGGGCAGAGCUCGGAGGUGAACUGCCAUCCCUGAAGGCAACAGCACCACUGGGCCACAGUCCUACAGAUAAACAACCCAUUAAUGUUACGCCAUAUAACACUGAGGCAGCUGUGUGAAUGAAGAACAUUGUAAACCUUAACACAGAACCACUUUCAUUUUCGGUUACUCACAUUAAAUAGUACUGAUCUCAGUGCUGCACUUUUUCACAAUGGGUAUUCUGAAUAUCACGCUGACAAGCAUCGUUAUGUUCACUUGGCAGAUGCUUUUAUGAACAGCAAUGUCGAAUAUGUCCCAUUUAUGCAGUUUACUUUAUUGGUAUUGAUCUUCACCUGCGGCCUCACAGUCCAAAAACAUGCUAAGGUGAACUGGAGUUACCAAAUUGACCAUAUUGCUGUG